UCCGUGCGUGUCCCGAUGUCUCUGUGUGUGGGACAACCCCGCAAAGCGCGGGUGCAUGCGCACAAGGAAGGCCGGGGCAGCGCGCCGCCGCUCUCGUGCCCGCGCAGGGGGCGGUGCUGCCGGGGCGGGGAGGGCGCGGGGCCGCGCUCGGGGGCGCGCAGCAGCAGCGGCAGUGCCCGCCCUCGGCCCGCGCCCCGCCGGCAGCGCCCGCAGAGCCGCGCCGAGACACCGCCCGCCCGCCGUGAGGGAGCGGCGCCACCGCCGGCCCCCUCCGCCCCUCCUCCUUCUCCUCCGCCUUCUCCUCCGCCUCCUCCGCCCUUCCCCCUGCCCCUCCUCCCGCCGGAGCGAGCGAGCGAGAUGGCGGCCGCCGGGGCUCUGGCGAAGCACGAGCAGAUCUUGGUGCUCGAUCCGCCCACCGACCUCAAAUUUAAAGGUCCCUUUACAGAUGUAGUAACUACAAAUCUUAAACUACGAAAUCCAUCAGAUAGAAAAGUAUGCUUCAAAGUGAAGACCACAGCACCUCGUCGAUACUGCGUGAGGCCGAACAGUGGAAUUAUUGACCCAGGAUCAUCUGUAAUUGUUUCAGUAAUGCUGCAGCCUUUUGACUAUGACCCAAAUGAGAAGAGUAAACACAAGUUUAUGGUACAAACGACCUAUGCACCACCAAAUAUUACAGAUAUGGAGGCCGUGUGGAAAGAAGCGAAACCUGAUGAGUUAAUGGACUCCAAAUUGAGAUGUGUGUUUGAAAUGCCCAACGAAAAUGAUAAACUGAAUGAUAUAGAUGCAAGCAAAUCCGCCCCAGUACUGAACACAUCUAAGCAGGAUGGACCGAUGCCAAAACCACAUAGUGUUUCACUUAAUGACACUGAAACAAGGAAGCUCGUGGAGGAGUGCAAAAGACUUCAGGCAGAGAUUAUGAAGCUGACAGAUGAAAAUCGGCACCUGAGAGAUGAAGGCUUGAGGCUCAGAAAGGUAGCGCACUCGGAUAAAUCUGGAUCACCCGCAGCUUUGGCCCUCAGAGAUAAUGGCUCUAAUUCUCUUCCUUCACUUCUUGUUGUAAUUGCAGCCAUUUUCAUUGGAUUCUUUCUAGGGAAGUUCAUCUUGUAGAAAGAAUGAGUGAGAGAAGCAUGCAAAACUGCAGCUUCCUUUUUUUUUGUUGAUUUUUUUUUUUUGUUUUGUUUUCUCUUGGCCAGAAAAAGGUUUGUUUACCUACCACAUCAUGGGUAGUACGGCCUGAGUGGCUGUUUUUGUGUACAGCAUCAUAACAGGCUUGGCCUUUAAUGAUCUCGCACGGUUAGAAAACACAAUCUGAAAAGACAAACUGUUCAGCUGCUGGACAAAAUUGUACAUUCAGUCAUCAAUAGCAGGUAUCUGUUGCACAGUCAGUCCUUUAUGAAAAUUCAUAAAUAAAGAAUUGUUCUUUCUUUCUGUGGUUUUAAUAAGAAUUCAGAAAUUGUUCAGAGUCUUGUAAAUGUUAUUUUAAUAAUCCUUUAAAAUUUUAUCUGUUGCUGUUACCUCUUGACAAAUGAUUUAUUAGAUUGCUAAUCCCACUCAUUCAGGAAUAUGACAAGAGGUAUUAUGGGGGAAAUGGUGCCUCUUACUGUGUAAAUUUUCUCCUUACCUUACUUUGCUAAUAUCAUGGCAGAAUUUCUUUCUUAUUCCUUGUGAGGCAUUGUUGAGAGUUCUUCAUCCUUAACAGUCCUGUCCCAUAAUAUUUAACAUGACAAAAGAAAUAAAAUUGUUAACAGA